CAAACAAACAAAGGUGCUUUGAAAAAAAAGUCUGUGUUUCUUCUUCUUCUUCUACUGACCCAGAAGUAAGGGAUCGAUGGUUGAUUCUAAGGUAGAAACCAUAUCCAGAUUGGCUCAAUGGAAGAUUGAGAAUUUUGGACCUAGUACUUAUAAGAGGUCCGAUCCUUUCAAAAUCGGGAUAUGGAACUGGUUGUUGGCGGUAGAAAGAAAUCGUCAACUUCUCAUUCGCCUGUUUCCUGAACCAUCUAGAGUGGCCAAAGAACAUCCUCCUAUUGCUCGAUUUGUGCUUCGAGUAUCCGUCAUCGGAACUACUCGAAAACACUUCACCUCCGAGACUUUUGACAGAAUAGUUCGAACUAGUGAUGACUUCUUCUGGCCAGUGGAUUGCAAUGUUAUGGGCCGCUUUAUCAUUGAUGUUGAGUUCAUGGACCUAAAGAUCCAUCCUGGAAAUAGUGAAGAAAGUAGCUCCAUCUGGCCUAUUGACGGGGUGGUGUAUUCUAUAGCACGACAAAACACACUUAAUUGCAUUUCCCGUAUGCUGGAUGAAAGCAUUCAUGCUGAUAUAACAAUCAACACAGCCGAUGGCACAUUAAGAGCCCACAAGGCAAUUCUUGCUUCUAGCUCCCCGGUUUUCCAGAGCAUGUUUGUCCACAACCUCAGGGAGAAAGAAUCAUCCACAAUCGAAAUAGAGGACAUGUCCCAAGAAUCCUGCAUGGCACUACUGAAAUACCUAUACGGGAACAUACAGCCAGAGGAGUUCUGGAAGCAUCGUUUGGCGCUUCUAGGGGCAGCAAAUAAGUAUGAUAUUGCGAAUCUUAAGGAUUCUUGUGAGGAGAGCCUAUUAGAGGACAUAAAUUCGACAAAUGUCCUUGGAAGAUUGCAGGAGGCGUGGCUUUACCAAUUGAACAAGCUGAAAAAAGGAUGUCUUACAUAUUUGUUUGAUUUUGGAAAGAUUUAUGAUGUUAAGGAUGAAAUCAAUAACUUUUUUCGCCAUGCCGAUAGGGAUUUGAUGAUUGAUAUGUUCCAGGAGGUGCUAUCGGUUUGGAAGCCUUCCUAGUAAGACAACAGUAAUUCCGAGCUGUUCAUAAUGCAGAUGAUGCUUAUCCUGCCAGACCAGAUUUAUGUAAAUACUAGUUUGAGACAUAAUGCUUGGUAUUAAUUAAUUGGCUUGUGCUAAAACUCUAUUUGUGUGUAUGGUUUGUCU